CCGGGGGAGCGCCGGCUCGCUCUCCCGGCCUCAGAGGCGCGAUCGCCGCGACUCCGCACGCCGGGCGCCGGCCCAGCGCCACGGCCAUGCCCAGCUCGGAGCUGUGGGCGGUGGAUCUCUUCGGCAGGGUGUUCACGCUGUCCACGGCCGGGCAGCAAUGGGAGCUGUGCAGGGACGCCCAGCUGGAGUUCAAGCGGGUCAGUGCGGCCGCGCCGUGCUGCUGGGGCAUCGCCUGCGACAACCAGGUGUACGUGCGCGUGGGCGCCAGCGACGUCCCCAUCCGCUGCCGGGAAGAGGCCUAUGAGAAUCAGCGCUGGAACCCCAUGGGCGGCUUCUGCGAGGCGCUCCUGCCAAGCGACCGCUGGCCGUGGAGCGACGUGAGUGGGCUCCAGCACCGGCCGCUGGAUGGGGUGGCGCUGCCCUCGCCGCAUUGGGAGUGGGAGUCGGACUGGUACGUGGACGAGAAUUUUGGAGGGGAGCCCACAGAGAAAGGGGGGUGGACAUAUGCCAUUGACUUCCCCCACACGUACACGAGGGACAAGAAGUGGAAUUCCUGUGUGCGGCGCCGGCGGUGGACCCGGUACAGGAGAUACAAGUCCCGGGACACCUGGGCCAAGAUCCCGUCGGAGGAUGACCCCCAGCAGUUGCCUGACCCCUUCAGCGACCUCUCUGUGGGGGGUUGGGAGAUCACAGACGAGCCCGUGGGCCGCCUGUCCGUGUGGGCCGUGUCUCUGCAGGGGAAGGUGUGGUACAGAGAGGACGUCAGCCACUCCAACCCCGAAGGCUCGUCGUGGUCCCUGGUGGACACCCCGGGGGAGGCGGUUCAGAUCAGCUGUGGGCCCCACGACCUGCUGUGGGUGUCGCUCUGGGAGGGACAGGCCUUGGUCCGGGAAGGAAUCAACAGGAACAAUCCCAAAGGAAGUUCGUGGUCCGUGGUGGAGCCUCCCACGUCUGAAAACGGAAUCCUGCAUGUCUCCGCAGGAGUCGGUGUCGUCUGGGCCAUCACCAAGGACCGGAAGGUUUGGUUCCGAAGAGGCGUCAACUCUCACAACCCCUGCGGCACCAGCUGGAUCGAGAUGGUUGGAGAAAUGAUGAUGGUGAACGUGGGGCUAAACGACCAGGUCUGGGGCAUCGGCUGGACGGACCGGGCCUUGUACUUCCGUCACGGCGUCACCCAGAGCGAGCUCAGCGGGAAGACGUGGAAGGCCAUCGUCGCCGGCCGGGAGUGUGACGGCUCACGCGCGGGCAGCUUGUCCAGCCUCCUCAGCGCCGGCUGCUUCUUUGGCGACGAGGUGAGGGGUGGUGGCGAGUCCCGUGUGCCAAGCGACUCGGAGGCCGAGAGACCUGGGCCUGACCCUGAGCGUGAUGUGGAGGUCGCCGGCCCUGCCUCCACCCCGGCCGAGCUGCCCUGGACCAACAUCGACCUGAAGGAGCCCAAGAAAGGGCCCAGACAUGCAGCCGCUGACUUUCCCGAGGGCACCAACCUCUCCUCGCUGGCACUUCUCCCGCUGGGCCUGGAGGAGCCCGACAGCGCCGACUGCCACGCGCUGUGGGCCUGGGUGUCCGGGGGAGGCUGUGCCGUGGAGGCCCACACCACGCUCAAGUGGUUCACCGCCCACUCGGGCCUGCGCGCCUCCAUGCAGAUGCUCUCGCUGCCCAUCACGCCGGCCCAGACGGCCGCCUGGCGGAAGCAGAUCUUCCAGCAGCUCACCGAGAGGACCCAGCGGGAGCUGGAGAACUUCCGACACUACGAGCAGGCCGUGGAGCAGUCGGUGUGGGUGAAGACGGGGGCCCUGCAGUGGUGGUGCGACUGGAAACCCCACAAGUGGGUGGACGUCCGUGUGGCCCUGGAACAGUUCACGGGCCACGAUGGAGUUCGGGACAGCAUCCUUUUCAUCUACUACAUGAUCCACGAGGAGAAGAAGUACAUCCACGUGUUCCUCAACGAGGUGACGGCGCUGGUCCCCGUGCUCAAUGAGGCCAAGCACUCCUUUGCCGUGUACACCCCCGAAAGGACGCGGCAGAGGUGGCCUGUGCGCCUGGCCGCUGCCACUGAGCAGGACAUGAGCGACUGGCUCGCCCUGCUCAACCUGUGCUGCUGCGAGAGCCGGAGGGUGCACGGCCGCCCCUCCCCGCAGGCCAUCUGGUCCGUCACCUGCAAGGGGGACAUCUUCGUGAGCGAGCCCAGCCCAGACCUCGAGGCCCCCGAGCGCUGGCUGCCCUGUGACCAGAUGUUCUGGCGGCAAAUGGGAGGCCACCUGCGGGUGGUGGAGGCCAACAGCCGGGGCGUGGUGUGGGGCAUCGGCUAUGACCACACGGCCUGGGUGUACACGGGUGGCUACGGUGGAGGCUGCUUCCAAGGCCUGGCCAGCAGUACCAGCAACAUCUACACGCAGUCGGACGUAAAGUGUGUCUACAUCUAUGAGAACCAGCGCUGGAACCCUGUCACGGGCUACACCAGCAGGGGUCUGCCCACUGACCGGUACAUGUGGAGUGACGCCACGGGCCUGCAGGAGUGCACCAAGGCCAGCACGAAGCCCCCGUCCCUGCAGUGGGCCUGGGUUUCUGACUGGUUCGUGGAUUUCAGCGUCCCUGGGGGCACGGACCAGGAGGGGUGGCAGUACGCCAGUGACUUCCCUGCCUUGUACCACGGGCACAAAACCAUGAAGGAUUUCGUCAGGAGAAGGCGCUGGACCAGAAAGUGCAAGCUGGUGACCAGCGGGCCCUGGCUGGAGGUGGCCCCCAUCGCCCUGGGGGACGUGUCCAUCAUUCCGGAGACCCCGGGUGCCCACGGGAGCGGGCCCGGCAUCGCGCUCUGGGCCGUCAGCGACAAGGGGGACGUGUUGUGCCGUCUGGGCGUGUGCGAGCUCAACCCCGCGGGCUCCUCCUGGCUGCACGUGGGCACCGACCAGCCCUUCGCCUCCGUCUCCAUCGGGGGCUGCUACCAGGUGUGGGCCGUGGCCAGGGACGGUUCCGCCUUCUACCGUGGCUCCGUGUCCCCGUCCAAGCCGGCUGAGACUGAAACAGGUGUCCGUGGGGCGCACAGCGGUGUUCGCCUUGGACGAGAACGGGAACCUGUGGUACCGCCAGGGGGUCACACCCAGCUACCCGCAGGGCACCAGCUGGGAACACGUGUCCAACAACGUGCGCCGCGUGUCCGUGGGGCCCCUGGACCAGGUCUGGGUCAUCGCCAACAAAGUCCAGGGGAGCCACAGCCUGAGCCGGGGAACUGUGUGUCGCCGCACGGGUGUGCAGCCCCUGGAGCCCAAGGGGCAGGGCUGGGACUAUGGCAUCGGGGGGGGCUGGGAUCACCUGUCCGUCCGGGCCAGUGCCACCAGGGCCCCCAGGAGCUCAUCCCAGGAGACGGCCGGCAAGCGCAGAGGGGAGCAGGGCCUCCCCAGUGGGCCCUCGAAGGUGGCCGGUGCCCCGCAGGAGACCCCCAAUCCCGUCUGCUGCUGAGGCCGCUUCCCCUCACCUGGAGCAGGACGGGAGCCUGGAGCCUUCCAGGAGCACUGCCCCUGGGGAAGAGAGCCCACGAAGGACCCCUGAGCCCUGGGCAUCCCCAGACGGCGUCGGCCCUGCCCCCUAAAGAAAAAUGGCUGUGGGGCUCAGGGUGGCUUUGCCUGGACCUGAUCAGUUCUCAGAGCAAGAUUCGCAAACGGGGUUUCCUUUCAAAAGUUAAGGAAGGAGUUGGAAGGUUGGAAAUAAGUGCUGGGGAGGGGCGUCUUCUUCCUCGGGUGGGCCGGGCCCUCCUGGGGUGGUCGGAGGACGGAGGGGCCGCCCGUGGCUGCGAGAAGCUGUCCAAGUGCAGAGUCAGAGUCACCGUCGUCGGUCCUCAGCCAGCCCUUCCUCUGAUGGGGUUGGGGGCUGGGGGCUCCUUUUACAUCGGAUCAUGUCGCAGGGGGUGGGGCGGGUGGAGACCUGCUGAGAGGGGCCUGGAGGCCUCAGCCCGGAGCAGAGCCCUAGGGAGGCACCCCCCAGGCAGCCCCACUCCCAGCGGGCAGCUUCUCAGCUGCUUUUUUUUUUUUAAAUCAGAAAAAGGCCCCAUUUGGUGCAGCCUCAAGUUGGCUUCCCACAGCCGGACGCGUUGCCCGGGGGUCAUCGGAGCGCAUGUCCCGUCUCCGCUCAUUUUGAGAUGGAUCGAGCUGACCGCCAGCUUCCCCGGCGUGCCCGUCAGGAGGGCUCGGCUGUGCACUGUUUUGUGGUGCAGUGUUUGCCGCCCAGAAGCUGACUCUAAGGAGGUCUCCCUUGGGUCCCCUCCUGAGGGGCAUUGGAGGGAGCCGGUGGCCUCUGCCUUUGCCUCGUCUCCUGGAGGUGGGACCGGGAGGCGUGAGUCUGGGGGCAGUGCCCAGGCAAAGCAAGUGAAGGGCCGGGUGGGCGGCGCCCUCCUGUCUGUUUACACUCGUGGUUGUCAGGUUUCUCCGAGCGGGCAUCACCGUUUCUUCUGCGGCAGCGCCCUGUCGUCCUGCUGUGACUCGCUGGUUUCACCCUGCCCUCUCUCCAGGGCGACCGUGUCCCCUCCUUGCGGAGCACCAACUGCUGACCUGCUCAGCCUCACCGAACCAUCUCGAUUCCUCGGAUGCUUUAUUCAAUAAAAACUUAGGCCAGACUGUCAA